GAUCCGUCUGAUACCUAAGUUACCAAAUUGUGUAUGUCUGAAUUAUUUUCUUCAUCUUGUUAAUUCAGGGAGACAUAUAUGAGAUAGCCAAAAGCUUCCAAUCUCUGCAAAUUAAUGAUUGGUUGGUAAAUGAAAAGCAGAGGCUGAGCCAUCUCCGUGACCGUGCUAGCGAAACUGGACGCCGAAAAGAACUAAGAGAGUGCGUAGAGAAGUUACAACUUCUGAACACUCCUGAAGAAAUAGCACGCAAGAUUAAUGAAGUUCCAGAAGUACAUGUUGACCCCCAUAUGGCUCCUACUUAUGAAUCUGCUGAAGAAUGGAAUGAUGAAACAACUGUUGAUUUGACCAUAAAUAGGAAUGGACCAGAUCUUCUGUUUCCUGGAAGAGAAGGGACAGAAUCAAACGCUGUGCAGUACCUGUCACAAAAAUGUCCCGAUGCUAGUCGUCACUCUAGUUUAAAUCUUCCUACGGAGGGCGUAACACAUAUACCAGGAGCAGGAAGUAUCACUAAUUUGCAGGCAGCAAAUGGGUUGAAUAUUCCUCGGCCUCGCAUUGAUUUAAAUAAUACAGCGGGUGAUGCUGCAUCAGUUCCGUCAUCUGGGGUUGUAUCAAGUGACACGGAGCCAGAAAAAGUAUGGCACUACAAGGACCCUUCUGGAAAUGUUCAGGGCCCGUUUACUCUUUCACAGCUAUCCAAGUGGACUACUUAUUUCCCAAGUGGCAUGAAGAUAUGGCUCACAUUUGAGAGUGAAGAGAACUCAUUGUUGCUGACUGAAGUGCUCUCAACACAGAAGAAAGAUAUCAUUCAACCUACGCCAGUUAUUAACAAUAAUAAAUCUGCAUGGGCAGGCUCUGGGCAAGAUAGAAUUAACCCAAGUAUGACUGGAAACAUUACUUCCCCUAUUGGCUAUAAUGUUGUCUACUCUUCUGGGUUACCCAGCCAGUCUUCUGACCGUCCUCCUCUGAGAAGAGAAAGUCCAAACUUUAUGGGUGAAGCUUUGCCAUCAACAACAUGCUGGGAGCCACUGGCUUCUAGUGUCCAGAUUCAGCAUCAGGCAAACUAUGCAAGCACCAUUCCAUCUUUUGCUGGUUCAUAUAGAUCAACAGGACCUCAUGGUGAUGGGGUCCCCCGAGAAAAGAUUGGGGAACACAACAAUCGCCAAGAAACCGGUGGUUUGUGUAGUCCAACCCCAGCACCAAAGAUUCACAACAGCCAGAGUAACAUGAAGCCUGAGAGCUGUUCAAGGUCAAAUCUUGUUGAUGGAAGAGAAUCCAAUUCAGCCUUGGGCAUUCCUAGUCAGUCAAGAGCUCCUGCCUGCGGUGCACAAUCAACUUCAUUUACAUGCACUUCUAGUUCAAGCAAGACCAAGGAGAUCAUGAAUCUGCAGAAACCAUGCCCCCCUGAUGCAUCAAAUGCUUCAGUUAAUCAACUUUUUGAGCCUAAAAUUGAUUCAGUGUUAUCCCCUGGCACUCAAGAUCAAUAUCCCAGUCCAAAUCCAAAAUUUGAGAGGAAGCAGCCUGUGAUGAACAAGUCAGGGUCAACAUCAGUAGCACCUGAAGAUUCAGCUACAAAGGCAUAUGACCACUCUUCAAUAGCUUUCGUGUCAGAAACAUCUGGUCCGCCUUCAAGUAAAUUUGUUGGCUUGCAAUUACUUAAGGAAACACAAACAUCAUGUGUAGAAGAAAGAGAUCUAAAAGAUGGAGGCUGUGUCACUCAAACAGCACCACUAAAAGGAGAUGCCACAUCAGCUAAGAGAGAUAACAUAACUGUUAGUUCUGUCUCUGAUGCUGGAGUUUGUGAUGUGCUGGGAUCUUUGACAGAACCAAACUGUGGAACUUAUAAUGUGCAUGCUGGAAUGCCUUUGGAAAAUGUCACCCCAGCUUCAGCUGAGGAAGAAAGGCCGCAGUGCUCUAGCCCUAUUGCGCUAUCUCCUUGGGGUGAACCUAGUUACUAUCAAGGCGGAGCUGUUGAUUCUGCUCUGUGGGGUGUUCAAGAUGACCCAAGCAAUGACAUGUGGUCAUUGUCUUCACCAACACCUGCUCUCCAACCCUCCUCAGAUCUUGGAGCUGAUGGAAAAGAUACUUCAUGCAUUAUAGAGGAGGCAGUAGUAGCCCGAGGAAGUAGCGCUGUUGGUGAAAUAUCACCAACACCAGAGGAAAAGAUGGAAAAAGGCAACCCAAGCGCUUCCACAGAUUGUGGAGUGCCAGAGCAGGUAAAACUAAAACCAAGUGCUGCAUUGUUGAACUCAUCUCUCAAGAGCACAGAAGCUUCAGGCGGGCAACCAUUAGGCUCAUCUUUGGAGGGGAGCACAAAAGCUUCAGGUCGGCAACUGGUAGGCUCAUUCCUGGACGGGAACACAAAAGUUUCAGGCAGGCAAGCAUCAGGCCAAUUUCUCGAGGGGAGCACAAAGGCUUCAGUAUGGCAAUCAGGUUCAUGUCUAGAGACAAGCACUAAAGGUUCAGGCUGGGGUUCAUCUGUAGAUGGAAGCACAAAAGGUUCAGGCUGGGGUUCAUCUGUAGAUGGAAGCACAAAAGGUUCAGGGCGGGGUUUAUCUCUAGAGGUAAACGCAAAAGGUUCAGGUUGGGGUUCAUCUCUAGAGGGAGGCACAAAAGGUUCAGGUUGGGGUUCAUCUCUCGAGGGAGGCACAAAAGGUUCAGGUUGGGGUUCAUCUCUAGAGGGAAGCACACAAGCCUCAGGCUGGUUACGAUCAAGUUCAUCUCCGGAGGGGAGAAAAACUCCAGGUCGGCAUUCGUCAGCCCGUGAGAGUUCAAAGGUGAAUUUCAAGAGUGGCAGCCAAAACCGUAACUCGUCUUCAGGUCACCAAACAACACCAACAGCUAAAAGCUCUUCAGAAGCACAAAGGAGACAGGGAAGCACCAAUUCAAAUUCUGCUGGCUGGGGAGAGGCACCAGGGAGCAACAAGAGCUGGCAUCCAUCUUCUGGCAGUGCUAGUCGAGGCAGCCAGUCGAAUCAACACCAUGAUAGGCACUGUCAUGGCAACGAAUCACGGCGGGGUAGCUAUCAGGGCAAUGAUUCACGGCGUGGUAGCUCGAACCACUCUAGGAGGUCGUCUGAUCAUCGUCAAGAUCAUGGCAGCGGUAUGUCGUCAAGAUCAUCGUCAAGAGGGCAGUCUCAACGAGGAAUAUGCAAAUAUUAUGAGAAUGGCCACUGCUGGAAGGGGCCAUCUUGCUCUUUUGUACACCGUUGACCAUCGUGGUAGGAAACACAUUGUGAAGGUACCACGCCUUACCCCACAUUUUUGUAUAGCCUGACAAGCCACUUUGUAGUCAGCUUAGAACAGAGCUCUUGGCGCCACUCAGAUGCUAGUACAUAUAUCCAUACGAUUGGAUAGCAUUUUACGCUUAAAAGACCACUGAUGAUGAGUAUGAAUGCAGAUUCUCUGCUUCUGGAGCCUGAUUUAUUC